AUGUCCGAAUUUGGCGGUGGGAACGUAUCGGCGGUGGCCAUGAGUGGAAAGUUCGUCACCGAAGCUGCGCUGCAAGCAGCGCGCGAGGAGCGCGAUGCCGAGGCAAAGGCGCUAGGACAAGAGCCUGUCAAGGAAGAAGAAGUCUAUGACCCAAGACCUCUUUAUGAACGACUGGCGGAGAGAAAGAGGAUUGAGGAGGAAGAAUUUGCGGAAAAGAUGAGAUUCAGCAACUUGGUAAAACGGCUAGACGAUGAGGAGUAUGAAUUUUUAUCAGCAUACGACGAUGAAGAAACCAAGCGACGAAAAGAGAUAGCUGCGAAUGACCGACGGGAACUGGAAGCUUUUCGGAAGGCAGUAUCGGAAGUUGCGUCCCCUGCGGAUCACAUCCAGUUGGUCGCCGACACAAAACCCGCACCUGCCAAAAAGAUACCCGCUGCCCGUGAUUUCCAAAGCUCCUUAUUGAAUGGGAUUGUACGGAAGCGCAAAUCAGAAAGCGUGGACAGUUCGAACCAAAAAUCACAUGGAGACAAAGGGGCGGACGAUACACGUGGGACGACAAAGCGCGCAAAAGGCGGGGAUGGGAAAGUGGAGCAACCUGACAAUGUGGAAGGUGCGAAAGACGUGAAUGGGUCCUCCAAGCCCACAAGCUCACGGAGAGCGGAAGAGACUACACCAAAUCCACUUGGGCUGCUGUCGGCGUAUCCAAGUGAUAGUGAUGAAGAUACCAGUGAAUGACUCUGCAAUAUAUGCAUACAUAGAUAUCUGAACCAAAUCCAGCUUUAUAUUACUGAUGCAGCAGGCAGGCGAUCUUAUCAGAGAAGGUGAACCUCAAGGUGUCUUCCCCUGUAUGGGAAUAUUUAUACAGAGUAAGAUAUUGAAUUAUGACAACAAGGGACGAUUAAACAAC